AUGUCUUUGUGGGCCAAUCAGACUUUGAUAGUGAAUCUGCCUGGUGCUCACUCUCUCUUUCCAGAAGCAGAGUUCAUGGAUUUCAAGAAGGAAAUUAAAGCCUUCUGCAAACAUAAGAAUUUCCAUGAAUAGAUCAAAGCCUUUCAGGAAGAGACCAAAGCCAAAGCCUUACGGAAGGAAAUAAAGAUCUUCCAGGAAAAGAACAAAGCUUGCAUGGAAGAGAUAAAUAAUGUUUUAGAAGAGAGCCACAGCUUCCUACAGAAGACUGAAGACUUCCAGAUUUAUUUAAAAAAAAAAAAAAAAAAGGUUUUCCAGGAAUAAGUUGGAAGCAUUCAGGAAAAGCUUGAAGAAUUCUGGAAGAAAAUGAAGGCUGCUAAGGAAGAGAUCAAGGUUCUUCAAGAAAGCAGUAAGUCAGCUUUCUUAAACCAGAAUCAAGCUAUCCAAGAAAAUAACAAAGCCAUGUAUGAGAAGAACAAAAUCUUCCAGGGAAAGAAUAAAGCUCUACAGGGAAAGAACAAGGGGUUUUGGAAGAAAGACAUGAUCUUCUGGGAGAAAGAGUUGGCCAUGUCAAGCAGCAAACUGAUUUCCUGGGAAGAAUCUAUAGAUUUCAGGGAGAAUGACUGGAAUAUUCAAAAGGAAAAAGGAGCUCUGUGGGAUGCAGUGGAAGCCCUGUGGGAUGAGAAAUUUUCCCUCUUGAAAAAUGUCUAUAUUCCCCCAUCAGAGGAGAAGCUACCUGCAACAGAAGAGAACAGUCUUUGGAGCAAUUAGGGCCCAACUGUGGACACUAGAAAUUAA